UGUCCAACUCAUCGCUCCCUCAGCAUUAUCAUGGACGACUUACUAGACCUAGACUGGGGCAAGAAGUCCCCAAACGCCAAGCAAACAGCACCGUCAUCGUCUUAUGCAUUCGAUUCACUGACCAGAGCGCAGCCAUCGUCAACGCAGCAACGGUUGUCGCCCAACAUCCUUCAACCUCAACGCUCGACGACACCACAACAGCAGGCAGCCAAGCCAGCUGCGUCAAGUCGUGACGCCUUCUCCGGCCUGUUUGAUCUCGGCAAUGGCUCAGCAUCCUCGCCGUCAGGUUCGUCAUCCCCAUCAACACUGUCUCUCGCUCAGCAACAGCUGAAAGCAGCGCCCGCUCCUUCAUCACGGCCAGACGCUGGCUGGUCAUCAUCCUCAGCAGGAUGGGACGCGUUCGAGCAAGCCUCUUCUAAGAAACCUGAGUCGAAGGCACCCGGCAAAGAAGAUGACUUUCUAGCCGGCUUCAGCCCUGCCAAGGUGACGAAGCCUAGUAAGCCGCAAUCACAGCCAGCGCAGCCUCGUGACCCCUUUGACUUCUCCGACUUCGAGGAUCCGGGAGAUCAGCAGACGUCUGCCUUCGACUCUGCGCCUGCUCGGAGCCACAGGAAUGGUCAGACGGCAUCGAAGGCAGCUGUGGAUCAUGAUGACGACGACGACUUCCUCGGCGCGCUCGGCCGACCUGUAGCCAAACCCGCAGCCCAGCCAAAGCAGCCCGCUCCUGCUCCAUCUCGUCUGAAACGGGCUGCCUCACCCCCACUUCAUCUCGUAGGCCAAAUUGUGGAGAUGGGCUUCUCGCCGCAAGAAGCUCGUCAAGCUCUUGCACAGACACAGGAUGGACUCGAUGUACAAGCAGCCCUCGAGUCGCUCCUGGGCAGCCGACAGAAGCACGAUGUGGACGGAGACGAGCAACUGGCUAGACGUCUGCAGAACCAGGAGGGCCGUGACACUGAGAUGGACGAGUACGAAGCGAAGGAGAGACGUCGACGUGAGGCAAGAAGAGGCAGAAGAGAAGCUCCUCCGGAAGACCGAUCGUCUUCUAAUCAGACAGACGGCACAGACUGGCAGAAGCAGGCCGAUCAGCUCUACGCCCAGGCCUCCGAGCUGGGAGCUAAUGUCUUCAGCAGAGCAAACGCCUUCUGGUCUCAGGCCAAAGCACAGGCGCAGAAGACGCUCGAAGAGAGGAGCGCGGCGGCUGCAGGUAGCAGUGCAGCUGGCAGUGGCAGGGGAACGCCGGAGGGGAGGGCAAGCCCGGCGGCUUGGGCUAGGAAGCUCGGGGGAGCGGGCCCUAGCACUGGAGGAACUUCGUCGUCGAGCGGCAAAAAGGAGUGGACGGCCGCAUCUGGCAAGCCGAAAUGGAUGGUUGAGGCCGAAGAGCAAGAGGCGCGAGGCGGGGCCGACGAGUCUCAGGAUGCGCCGCAGCCAUCCUCGUCAGGAGCUUUCAAGGACUCGGACACCGAGGACGACCCCGCGCCGUCUUUCAUACCCCGCGCGACGCCAGCAGCGAGACAAAAAGCAGCGACACCGAAAGCUGCGCCGGUAGUCGAUGAUCUCCCGCCCUCUGCCCGCUUCAAAGCAGCUGCCCCCGAGGCAGCAUCAUCAGCUAGCAAAGGAUACGCCUCCUCCGCACGAUGGGGACGCUCCAAGCCUUCCACUCCAUCCAUCUCUCCCUCACCCACGCCCGCUCCUGCACCCGUAGCAGCGCCAGUACAGCGUCGCGCUCGCCACCUCUGCGCGAGCGACACCCAGGGCUACCCCUCGGCUGCCCUCACACUCAAGACAAAGGGCAACGACGCAUUCAAGCUCGGCUCGUACGGUGAAGCUGAAGCGCAAUACACCUCUGCUCUCGAUGCCUUGGGCGCAGAAGCAGAGUCAUUGCGUCGCAUUCCGCUGCUGAACAAUCGCGCCCAAGCAAGGCUGAAGAAUGGAGACGCGAGUGCCGCGGCGAGAGACUGUACGCAAGUGCUUGAGCUCGUGGUGGGGAGAGACGGGGGUAAAGGGCAGCAGCAUUUCUUGCCCUCACAUGAAGCCCCGCUUCCUCCUCCUCUGGCUGGUGAGGUCAACCUGCGCGACUCGUACGGCAAAGCCCUUCUGCGUCGUGCGCAAGCGUACGAGAUGUUGGAGCGCUACCUGCCCGCGUACAAGGACUGGGAGCUCCUCCAGCGCUACGAGAAGAGUGAGGGAAGCGGGGCUGCUAAUGGAGUCAAAAACCUGCGAGCGGCACAAGAGGGGGUAAAGAGGGUCGAGGGGGCGAUGCGCAAGGACAAGAAGCAGCCUGCGCCAAAGCCAGCUGCAACGCCGGCUCGCACAUCAGCAGCAGCCAUUCGAGCAGGCGAAGCGGGCAGGCAACGCGUACGAGCAGCGAAUGCGGCCGCCGCUGCAGAGGAAUCUGCCGCUCAUGCCCUCAAGGACAGUAUUGACUCUCGCAUCUCUGCUUGGACGUCAGGCGGCAAAGCGAACAACAUUCGCGCUCUUCUCUCUUCCCUGGAAACCGUCGUUCCGCCAGAAGUAGGGUGGAAGAAAGUCGGGAUGCACGAGGUGCUCACCGAGCCACAGGUCAAGAAGGUAUACACAAAGGCUAUCGCCCGAUUGCAUCCUGACAAGCUGACUCCCGGUCGAGCGAGUUUGGAGAUGAGGCUGGUGGGGAAGGAGGUGUUCAGCGUGCUGAAUGAGGCCUACGCGGCGCACCUGAACGGCGGGAAGUAGCUGCGCCGGAGAUGUGCGGGGAAGGGACUGGCUGCCACCGGGCGAGCGAGGCGAUAUAGACGGUGUUGUAGAGAUGCAAUGUGCUCGACUUGUCACGGUAUGGAUACAAAGAGAAAAGGGAUCAGCAGAACAACGCCUGAUGCGCCUAUGACUCCAUAGCCUGGCCCUCGGUCAGCUCCCGGAGGUAGAGGACAUUGUUGCAGCGAAUCAUGACCUCUCCCAAGCUCCCAUUUGACCCGCCAUCUUCCCUAAUCUCUUCUGUGUUUGCGAG